AUGGAAACGAAACAACUUCGGGAAGAGAACGAGAAGACACGAGUGGAGAUGGGUUUUAAAUUCGGGACGAGCUGGCCGUGUGAUACAUCGCCAGGAGGAAGAGCUGGAGGCAUUUCGUUAUGGUGGAAAGAGGAGAUAAAUGCACAGGUCAUGAAUGCCGAUGGUCAUUUCAUUGAUCUUAGAAUAGAGGAAAGGUUGGAGGGAAGUUGGAGAUUUACGGGGGUCUACGGGUGGCCUGAGAGUGGGGAGAAACAUCAAACUUUGGAGCUCAUCCAUAACCUGAAGGAAGAUUGGAAUAGCCAUUGGCUUUGCGGGGGUGAUUUUAAUUACAUUAUGACGGAUGCGGAGAAGCAAGGUGGUUGUCCGGGUCAGGAAAGAGAAAUGGGCGCUUUUACUGAUUGUCUCGCAGAGGCAGGGUUACUCGAUUUGGGGUUCAGAGGUUACCCAUUUACUUGGGAGAAUCGUCGAAGAGUGGGAGGAUAUAUUGAAGAGAGGCUCGACCGGUUCCUUGCAAAUGAGGGAUGGCGAAGCAUGAAAUUGCAGGCCCGUGUUUCUCAUCUUGAUUUACUGCGGUCCGAUCAUCGUCCCAUCAUUUGUGACCCUUUGGGCGAGGAAGAUGAGGAGAUCAAAUGGGGGUGGUCCUUCCGAUUUGAAUCUCUCUGGGCAAAACAUGAGGGAUGCGCUGCACAGAUACAGGAAGCUUGGAAUUCUUCUCCGGGUGACGCAAUUUCGAAGUUGAGCGGGGUUCAAUCAAAAUUGACUAACUGGAGCCGAGCCACUUUCCCAAAUUUCCGAAGGCAGAAGGAGAAGAUCAAGAGGGCCAUGAAAGCCCUAGAACACCGAGUAAAGACGGUGGAUGUGAUGGAGCAAAGACAAGCCUUGCAACGGGAACUCGAAGAGCUGGAGUGUGAUGAAGAAAUCUAUUGGCUAUAA